UCUGAUGUUCGGUGGAUUUUUCCUCAACGCUGAUUCAAUACCCAAGUAUUUCAUCUGGCUCGAAUAUUUAUCCUGGUUCAAAUAUGCCAAUGAGAUCGUUGCUGUCAACCAAUGGCAGAACAUUGAUGUCAUAGAGUGUGCCUCCGCGACAGGAAAUAGUUCUACUUGUAACACGGACUGCCUGUACAAGAGUGGCGAGAGCGUGUUAAAGUACCUGAACUUUGACCAGGACAGGGUAUGGCGGGACGUGGGGCUGCUUUUCGCCAUGCUUGUGGGUUACCGCCUGAUUGCCUUCAUCAUACUCUUCAUCAAGGCUCGAAGAUCAAAACAGUAGAUAGUGGAAGACGUCAUUAGGACCGGUGACCUAAUAUCGCUUCAAAAAUAACAAAAUAACGUCACAUCACUUUGUUUGUUGCAAACAUUGAACACACGUCUCUUUUAGAUGUGAAUCUUAUGAGUUUCACAUCUUAUGAGUUUCACUCAUAACAAUAUUUAUGUUAACAACCAUGGGGUGUAACUCAUGGUUUCAUUCAAGGGAAGUAACAAAUUAUUUCAGCGACGGCUUUUACUCGUUCGUGGCUUUCGCUUUUUUUGCGAUGGACGCUUGAAAUGGAAACAUAUGAGUCGCGUUCUGACUCAUAGGCUAAUCAGGAACGGCACUUUCCGCCUUAACUGGAUUUUCUUGUAGAAGAGACUUCCUUUCAACGAAAAAUACCCUAAAAGCGGAAAGUGUCGUCCCUGAUUAGCCUGUACGGACUGCACAGGCUAAUCUGGAUGACACUUUGCGCACAUGCAUUAUGCACAGUUUUCUCAGAACGCGACACAUAUUCACGGACCUUUAUACGUUAUGAAUCCCAAAGUGAAGUCUAUCUUGCCAUGUAGUUCGGGCCAUGACUUUGUUUAAUGUCUUUGUUUCAUAGUUCUAUCAUCGAGCAUUCUGAUCAGUAUAACCACCCCUGUACGUCGAUAAUCCAAACUGAGUUGGAUAAUUUAAACUGAAGAAAAAAAUGUCGACCGAAACUGAAAGUGAAACUGAAAGGAAGGUGAUUAUUUUAUCAUUUCUGCUAAUUUAGUAACUAUAAAGACGUAAUUGUUCUACACAUGUGAUAAUAAAUGUCUGACUCACACAUGCGUUUUGAGUUUUUCAAUGAUUAAAUAGUUUUCUAAUAAAAAACGAUAAAUUUGUUUUCGUAAAAUACUAAUUUUCAUGAAAUGCGACCUAUGUGUUGAAUUAUUGACACGUUAAUUGACAAAAGAGUGAACGAAACUGUAACAGAGAUAUGCCAACGUAUAUCAUGAAAUUUCUGUGGAUAAUAACCAGCUCAAAAUGGAUAAUACACAAACUGCGAUGUAUUGAACAUGUUUUCCAAAGACAGGUUAGAUAUUAUUCUUUGAAAACAACCAUUUAUAACCAAAACACACACGAUUUGUAUAAUGGAAUAAAAAAAAACUUUCAACGAACAUCAACAUUCAUUUAUUUGUUAUAAGUGAUAUCAAUUUCAACGGAACUUGCAUAUAUAUACAAUUGAGACUAGAAGUAAAAAAGCAUGCAAAGUUUGCACUCUGCGUACACAGACAUGCCAUAACACGGGUUCCAUGUCAUUUUGGAUAUAACUAAAAGCAUAGAAAUUUAAAAAUGGCGCUACUUAUUAUUAAUAAUCACUUGAUUUAAAGGGAUUCGAGUCGGAGCUUCAGGUUAAAGUGGCACUUGCCGCGCUGAUUCAUGUAUUUGUCACCAUAUUAGAGGUUUCGAAUAUUUUUUGAGGCAUUACUGAUCUGAUUCAUUAUACAUUAUAUCAGAACGAUUGCAUCGAAUGGUACACAAAUAUUUAAGGAGCAUAUCGACGGCUUGGUAUGGCAUUUUAAUUUCCGAAAUAUAUAUUUACACAUUGAAAAAAACCCAUAUUAAAUGAUUUCU